GGCACCUGGGGUAUGUGAGUCGAUAGAACCCGCCAAAACAUUAAUAUAAGCAAAUCUACCGUUACAACUUUCGAAUAUUUCAACUCUGUUCUUCUUUCCUCACACGAUGCGCACUCGCUUCCUCGCCGCCCACGCGACGGCCGUCGCUGAUCCGGUCGAAACCCUAGACUUCCACCACCUGCCUCUGCCUCAUCUUACUCCUGCAAAUUGUUCCUCAUUUUCAGCUACUUUUGUACACUCUUUCGAUGAAAUUCCUGUUUUCGGAGUAUCUCGCCAAAUCGAUAAGCUACCGAUCGACGACGCUCUCUCCAUAUUCUUGUGCCAUGUUCUCCCUCACUUCGUCGGCGAUGCUGGUUUUCAUCAACUUCAAAUUGACAGCAACAACGAAAGAUAUGAGGACAAUGAUGGAACAGUUCCUUGUACUAAAGGUGGGGAGGAACCUGUAGUGCAAUUUGAAAUCCAGAGGUGGAUAUAUCCUUGCUUCUGUCAAAAAGUGCUGUCCAUUCCCAAAUCGAGCACAUGGAUAUUUUUUCUGUGGUUCCAGAUUCUGAAUAUACAAAGGACCUGUUAAAUGAUGAGUGUCUACUGCAUGACCUGACUGAGACUCACCAAUUAUUUUAUUCAGUUGAUAACAUAAGUAUAGAAUACUCAGAGCAAAAGGCUGAUUUUGUGGAAGAUGCUGAUUCUGUUCUAGGAAAACAUCAUUCCAAUAACAUUAAAUUUCCUGAAUUUGAAGUGGAUAUGGAAAGCCUGGGUGUUAUUGGAAGAGUACUUAUGAUGGAUGAAGUGUUGAGUUUUGAAAAUAUUGAAAAGAAGGAGGUGACACAAGCAGGUGAAGUAAUUAGUAAUAACAAAGAGCUUUUGGGUUCUAUGGAGUAUAACUUGAUAACCUCUACAUUCCAUCAUUCUGUAAAAAUGGAUUGCCUUGAAGGAAUAAAUUUGUCAUCACAAGUGGACUGCAUAAGCAUUAUUGAACUGUCACAUUGCCAGCAGUACUCAACUCUCUGUGGGAACCCAGAUGGCUUUUCAAUUAUUUCAGUGGAGCCAACUCCAUUUGAUGAGUUCAUGUUUAUUGAUUUCGAUCUGUAUAAUUUCUGCAAGGUGCUUUCAGAUUCAGCAAAGGAGACUGAGUAUGAAACAUGUGAAAAUAUGUUCAGAGAAGCCAUGAACUUUACAAGUUUCAACCAAUUGGUUGUUUGCCAUGAGCUUACACUUCUAGAUGGCACUUUUAAAUCACUGCCUGUACCUAUUAUUUCAGAUCAUGAAAUUUCUAGUUCACUUCAUAUGCUGAUUGAGGAUUUAUUGUCCCUGUCGGAUUGGCAGUCUUCAUCAGCAUCUGAUGGUCUAUAUCUAGAUUGGAAUUUUCUUGGAGAAAGUGAUUGUGAAUCAGCUAAAUAUUCUCCAUGUUGGAAAUUGUUGGGGGAGAUAGACACUUACAACAUUGACAUUGAUAUGUUCUCGAAUGAUAGUGGAAUAGUGAUCUUGAAUUUUAUUUUAUCAGAAGGCCAUUUUAGUAAUUCUAGUAAACCAAAUGUAGAAAAGGAUACAGAAGUUUUAGACUCAUCUUGUUCUGAUGUCUCUAUACCCCAUUCCCCUGGUAUAGUAGAGUUAAGUAGCUCGAAGAAUCAGGGAUAUGGAAAAAGAAAAAAGGAUGAUAUCUUAUUGAAGAUUGGUGUUCAGAAUGUUCCGAGUUUUGGUGAAUCGAUGUCAAGUGAUCUUGAGUUUUUUCGCAAUCCCUGUAACUAUGUUCUCGGAAAAGAAAAAAUACAUGCAGAUAAGCUAGUUCAUACCAAAACUGUGGGUCAAGGAUGUAUUUUCAGUAGUGAGGCUGCUGGUGCUAGUUCUACCACUGUUGAACAGAACUUGAAUGUAGAGGAGCAUAAG